AAUACCUGUGGUUUCUGCCUACAGGUCUGGGUGGAUGCUGGCACACAGAUAUUUUUCUCUUAUGCUAUCUGCCUGGGAUGCUUGACAGCUCUGGGGAGUUACAACAACUAUAAUAACAACUGCUACAGGGACUGCAUUAUGCUCUGCUGCCUGAACAGUGGCACAAGCUUUGUUGCUGGGUUUGCCAUCUUUUCAGUUCUUGGUUUCAUGGCUUAUGAACAAGGAGUGCCCAUAGCAGAAGUUGCAGAAUCAGGACCGGGACUUGCCUUCAUUGCCUACCCAAAAGCUGUCACCAUGAUGCCUCUUUCUCCACUAUGGGCAGCUUUAUUUUUCAUGAUGCUCAUAUUCCUUGGAUUAGAUAGUCAGUUUGUGUGUGUUGAAAGCCUAGUGACAGCAGUGGUGGAUAUGUACCCAAAGAUUUUCCGAAGGGGAUACAGAAGGGAACUGCUGAUUCUUGCUCUUUCAAUUGUGUCAUACUUCAUUGGCCUAAUAAUGUUAACAGAGGGUGGAAUGUACGUUUUCCAGCUGUUUGAUUCCUAUGCGGCCAGUGGAAUGUGCCUUCUUUUUGUGGCGAUAUUUGAAUGCAUCUGCAUAGGCUGGGUUUAUGGCAGCAAUCGUUUUUAUGAUAACAUCGAAGAUAUGAUCGGAUACAGACCACAGCCAUUAAUUAAAUGGUGUUGGAUGGUCCUAACUCCUGGUAUUUGUGCUGGAAUCUUCAUCUUUUUCCUGGUGAAAUAUAAGCCUUUGAAAUACAACAAUGUGUAUACAUACCCAGACUGGGGCUAUGGCAUAGGCUGGAUGAUGGCCCUCUCAUCCAUGCUCUGUAUUCCUUUAUGGGUCUGCAUUAAGUUGUGGAAGACAGAGGGAAACAUUCUAGAGAAAUUCAGGAAGUUGGUCAUACCUUGCCCAGAUCUCAAGAUGAGGGGAAAGCUCGGAGCAGGGGCAUAUGCUGCUACAGUAAAUGAUUGUGAUGCAAAACUGAAAGGCGAUGGCAACAUUUCAGCCAUCACGGAAAAGGAGACACAUUUCUGAACGAACUAUCAUUUUGUUUUAUUUUUUGUAUAAAUAAAUAAAUUAAAUAAAUAAAAAUACUUCACUUAAUUAUAGAGGCUGCUUGUUUUGCACAAAAUUUAUUAACCAGUUAAUUUUAAAGUGAACAUUGUAUAAGUGUUUAAAUGAUUUUUAAUUAUUAUAAGUAACAAUUCUAUAAAAGAAAAAUAACUAGUAUAGUAUUGUAUGAUAAUGAUGACUUGUAAUAUGGUGAUUUCAGUAAAUGUUUUAUAGAUUUUAGAAGGACCUGUAUAAUGUGCUGUAAAACUUUUCUACUUGGAUUUUUUUGGAAGGCGUAGUGUUGUAUACAUGUAUCUAUUCUAAUCUGUAAGCAUUUCAGACCAUUUCAGUUACUAAUGUAUGUAUAUAAAGAGGGUCACAAUGUCCUUUUGUUUAUAUUGGAGGGAGUUUUGGAGUACUAGUAAUUCAGCUCUGUCAUCUUUAUAUAUGAAGCUGAGAUGAAGUGUAACAGUUAAUCCAAACUAAGGAUUUAGUUCGGAUUAACUUCUGACUGCCGCGUAUAGCCGCGGGCAGUCAGUUCAAACUAAGGGGAUUUAAAA